AUGCCCGUCCAUAGACCACGCACCCCUUAUUUCGCAGAUCAUUCCAGCUCAGAGUCUCGAGCAGAACUACGCACCCUAGCCCUCCAGCCCGUUCGACUAAACCGUGGGACAGCCUAUCCAUGUACUGAAAAUGAACUGCGUGAUGCGACCACUCUCAGCAGUCAGUCUCAAAGGAGCUACGUAAGCGCCAUGCAAGCAUCUCGCGAUGUCUUCGCCCAUAACGCCCUAGGAAGGAACCUCAGCUUUGAAGAGUACGAUGCUGUUAUCCGCCUUGAAAACAUCGUACUUGAAGUUGUCGCUCGCCGCCGGGAGUGGAGCCCUGAUCUCAUUAUCAAAGCUUUUUGUGACCUGGAUCUUGUGUUCUUUGAUGGGUUUCUUCGAGGCCAUGUCUACGUCCAGUGGAAAACCGCUUCCUACUUUCCUCCGCCACUCCCACGCAGCCUGACCUUCGGCUUGACAAAUCCUCUAGGCGGCGGAAAAGCUGUCAUACAUCUGAACGUCGAUGCUAUAUGUUGGAACGACUCAACACUCGCUACCACUAGUACUCAUUCGGUCUAG